AUGAAGACGAAUCCUGACACUGUAACUCGUGUGGUAGUGGAUGAGGCCAACAAAUUUAAGUAUCUGUUUUUUGCCUUGGGAGCUAGCAUAGAAGGGUUCAGCGCGAUGAGGAAAGUCCUCAUUGUGGAUGCAACACACCUCAAGAAUGUUUAUGGUGGAGUUCUAAUUGUUGCGGCUGCUCAGGAUCCUGAUCAUCACACCUACCCAAUUGCUUUCGGUGUAGCAGAUGGUGAAAAAAAUGAUAGCUGGAUGUGGUUUAUGGAACAGUUGAAAUCAGUGAUAGGAGAUGUCCCGGGAUUGGUAUUUCUUUCAGAUAGAAACAAAAGCUUGAUCAAUGCAGUAGGUGCAGUGUUCCCUCAGGCCGCUCAUGGGUAUUGUAUAUGGCAUUUGUCUCAAAAUGUUAAAGGCCACGUCCGUAACCACAGAGACACUUGUGCAUUUAAGUUUAUGGAGUGCGCACACGCUUAUACAGUGGCUGAGUUCUUGAACCUUUAUGAUGCUUUUCGCAGAAGGUAUCCUUCUGCAGCGGAGUAUCUUGACAAAAAUGUUGAAGAGAGGAAAUGGGCUAGAUGUUACUUUGAAGGAGAUAGGUACAAUGUUGACACCACCAAUUCAGUGGAAUCUUUUAAUGGUGUAAUUAAGGAAGCAAGAAAGUUCACCUUGCUACCAAUGUUUGAUGUCAUCAUUGCAAAAAUGGCUGAAUGGUUUAAUAAACAUAGGAAAGAGGCAGCUGAGAUACCACCUACACUAAAGCUUGUGCCUAUUGUGGAAACAGAAAUCAAGAAAUUAAUCAUAAAUCUUACCAUAGACGGUGCACCUUACAGCUCCAGUAUUAACCAUGCCAAUAAGCACAUUGCUGGUUUUGAUCUCAAGAAACAGAAGUUUCUCAACCUCAAGUUGAAAUAG